AUGAAAGUCAUCACUUGGAAUGUGAGGGGGAUGAACAAGAUUUAUAAGCAAAAGGAGUUAAGGGAGUUUAUAAAAGUAAAUGGAGUAAAUGUUAUAGCUGUUAUUGAACAUAGAGUAAAGGAAUGCAAAGAAAGACAAGUGAUAAAUAAAAUAGUACCUACUUGGGAAGGGAUCUCAAACACUUCCAUGACCAAUAAAGGAAGAAUAUGGCUACUAUGGGAUCCAAAAGUUGCUAGAGUGAAGGAAAUUAAUAUACAUAGUCAGUACAUACAAGCUGAAGUUAACAGUAAUGCAGAUGCAAUGACAUACCAUUUUAACUGCNAUACAGUGCAGGAUAGAAAGGAAUUAUGGAGGAAGCUUAGAGAGGUAGAAAGCAAGCAGCAAGAACCAUGGUUAGUAAUGGGAGAUUUCAAUGCCAUACUUGAGGUGGAGGACAGAACACAUGGAACAGUAAUGCAAGACCAAGAAACAAGAGACUUUAGAGACUUCAUGGAAGAGGCUGGUAUGAAUGAACUGAAAGCAAUAGGGAGGUCCUUUACCUGGACAAACAGCCAUGUUUUUAGCAAAAUUGACAGGGCAAUAGUGAAUGGAGAGUGGAUGAGCAAGAUGCCUAUUACUCAAAUAGUAGCAGACUGUUGGCAGAUAAGCAUCAAUGCAGGUUACAUGAAAAAAGUAUGGCUAAAGUUGAAGCAUGCAAAACAAGCAAUGAAGGGCUUAAAUGCAAAGGAGUACCCUAGGAUUGCUGAAAAAGUCAAAGACAUCGGAAGUGAACUUCAAGCUAUACAACAACAAAUGAGAACACCUAUUCAGGAUCCAUAUCAGUUUGAAGUGGAAAAAGAGCUAAGGUCACAGCUGGAGAAAUGGGAUGAAAUAGAGGAAAGCAUAUAUAAACAGAAGUCUAGAGUACAAUGGCUCAAUUUAGGAGACUCUAACUCAGCUUAUUUUUUUGCUAGCAUAAAGAACAUGAGAGCUCAGAACCAGAUCAAAGCACUCACCAAUGCAGCAGGAGAUACUAUCUAUACAGAUAAAGGAAUAGAAGAGGAGAUAAUGCACUUUUAUCAGGGACUACUGGGGGCAGCCAACUCUUACAUUACCUGCUGUAAAUCUAAAUGA